AUGAUUUCAUUGGGAGGAUCAUCUUUAUCAAAGGAAUUUUUUGAUUUGGCAAAAUCAAUAGGGGAUUCCCGUUCUAAGCAGGAGGAAGAUAGGAUUAUAUGCAAUGAGAUCGUUUUACUGAAAUCGAGAUUUGCCAAUCCCAAUGCGACAGUGAAACAAAUAAAGGAAUAUUUGAUUCGUGCAAUUUAUAUAGAAAUGCUGGGGCAUGAUGCAUCAUUUGCUUAUAUACAUGCUGUUAAGUUAGCACAUGAAAAAAAUAUACUAUGUAAAAGAACAGGAUAUUUAUCUUGUAAUUUAUUUUUAAAUAAAGAUCAUGAGCUGAUGUUAUUGCUAAUAAACACAAUUCAGAAGGAUUUAAAAAGUGAUAAUCAUUUAGAAGUAUGGGCAGCAUUAAACUGUGUGUGUAAAUUAUUAAAUAGUGAAAUGAUUCCAGCUAUAUUUCCAAUAAUAAAGAAUUUAUUAAAUCAUAAGAAUGAGUUAAUAAGAAAAAAAGUAUGUAUGUUAUUACACAAGAUAUAUUUAAUUGAUCCUACAUUAAUAAAAGAAAUUGAUAUAUAUUUAAAAAAAUUAUUAUGUGAUGUUGACCCAUCAGUAAUGGGAGCAUCAUUAAAUUUAAUAUUUGCUAUAGCAAACAAUGAUGUGACAUAUUGCAUGGAAUUAGUGCCUUAUUUGGUUUCAAUACUUAAACAAAUAUGUGAAAACAAAUUACCUAAAGAUUAUGAUUAUCAUAGAAUUCCAGCACCUUGGAUUCAAAUAAAAAUAUUAUCUAUAUUUCGAAUAUUAGGAUUUUCAAAUAAGAAAAUAUCUGAACAAAUGUAUGAAGUAUUACAAAAAACAAUGCAAAGAGCCGAUUAUGGUAUAAAUGUUGGUUAUGCUAUUAUAUAUGAAUGUGUAAAAACAAUAACAACAAUAUACCCUUCUCACCGUUUGCUAGAAUUAGCAUCUUUAUCAAUUUCUCGAUUUAUAUCUUCUGAAAAUCAUAAUUUAAAAUAUGUCGGAGUUACAGGAUUAGCUCUUAUUGUUAAGAUAAAUCCAAUGUAUGCAACUAAACAUCAAUUAGCUGUUGUUGAUUGUUUAGAAGAUAAGGAUGAAACGUUAAAAAUGAAGACUUUAGAUUUAUUAUAUGAAAUGACAAAUCCAUUAAAUGUUCAAGUUAUUGUAGAUAAGUUAAUAUUUCACGUUGAAAAUUCUCAAGAUAUGCAUUUUAAACAUGAUUUAGCAUGCAAAAUUAUACAGCUAAUCGAGAGAUAUCCUCCUAACGAUAUUUGGUUUUUAAAUAAAAUAAAUACCCUUUUUUUAUCAGUUGGGGAAUUAAUAGAUGAAGCAUAUUCUUAUUCUCUUAUUAAGUUAUUGAAGGAUUGCCCUAUAGAUGUCGAUUCGGAUAUUAGUGAUGAUUUUUCCCCAAAUGAUGAAAAUAAUCAAUCUAAUAAUGUUAAUAAAGAAGAUAAAUAUUUAAAUGCUUCAGAGUUACAAAAUGGUGAAGAUUUAUUAAAAGGUAGUGAAGAUGCAAGAAAUGAUUUAAAUGAUGAAAAUGGUGAAAAUAAUAAAAACCAUGUCAGCGAAAAAUUAAAGAAUGAAGAAGAUAAUGAAACAGAUUUUCCCAAUAAUACCAACUCACCAAAGAACAAUAAAACUGAGAAAAAAAAAUCAAAUGAUGAUACAUUGAAUUUAAGAAAAUAUGCAGUAAAUACAUAUAUAAAAAUGCUCGAAGAAAAUGAAAAUAUACCAUUUGUUUUAAUACAAAUAAUAUGUUUUGUGUUAGGAGAAUACAGUUAUUUAUGUGAUUUAGAAAAUUAUACAGCUGAAGAUAUUCUUGACUUAUUAUGUGAAUGCAUGGAGAAAAAUUUAACAAAUCCUGAUAGAGUAAAAUCAUGUAUAAUAACAGCUAUAUUUAAAUUAUGCUGCCAUAAUAAUAUAACAGACCAUGUUGUAACGAAUAAAAUAAUAGAAAAGUACAAAAACAGCCAAAUAACAGAUAUACAGCAGAAAUGUUAUGAAUACGAUUUAAUAUUAAAGAAUAGUGAAUUAAUUAAAAAUGUAUUUUCAAAAAAUAACAAAACCCAAAAUAUAGUAAUAGAUGAAAAUUUAUUAUUUUUAAAUCCAUUUAUAGAAAAAUAUUUAGAAAGUGGUGGAAAAUCAUAUGUAGCAAAAGAUUUAAGACAAUGUGAAAAUAACUUUGAAACAUCAAAAAGCCCAUCUUUGGCAUUAAAUUUUACACCUUAUGAAUUGCCAAUAAAUAAUAAUAUAAGCUCAGAUAUAUAUAAUGCAUCUAGCCCUAAUUUAUUAUACCCCAAAAAUAGAGAAUUGAGUUCUUUUUCCAAUAGUCAAAUAAAUGAAGAUUGCUCUAGUCAAAGGGAAAAAGGGAAAAAAAUGUUCAAACUUAAUGUGGUUGGACCCAAAAAAUGGAAAAAAGAAACAUCCAAAAUGGAGGACGUUGAAAUUAAUGAAAAUAAAAAUAAUGAUAAAAAAAAAAAAAAAAAAAAAAAGGGGAAAAAAAACGUUAGCAUAUACCCAGGAACUAAUAAUGGUAUUAUUAACUAUUUAGGAGACGAUAGAAAUAAAUUAAGUAUAGAAAAAACGAAUAAAAAACAAUAUAAUAAUUUGGAUAAUGUGAACCAGAGCUAUAAAGGGGGAGAAAUUUAUUUUAAAAAUUCAUACUAUGAGGGGAAAAAAAAUAAAGAGGUUAAUGAAGAAAGGGAAGUUUAUAAUGAACAUAGUGAAGAUGAUGCAGACGAGGAUGAAGAAGAUAGUGAUGGUGGUAGUUAUACAAGUGAAAAUAAUGAACAUGAGAAAAGAAUGGAUCUUGUGCAUGAUUAUACUGAUACAAAUUAUGAAAAUUUGUAUGGUAAUAGCAUUGAAGAUAUAAAAAAUAAUAAAUAUGGCAAUUCGAAUUUUAAUAAGAAAGCGACUAAUAAAGAUGAACAAUCAAAAUUUCGAAAUAAUCGAAUGGAAGAUAGAACAAAUGAAUUAUCCGAAAAAGAAAAAAUGGCAGCAGCUUUAUUUAAUGGUUUAAUAUCAAAUAAUACAUCUGUUUUUGAUUCAAAAAAUAUUUAUUCUCAAAAUUUUCCAAAUAAAAAAAGCUUAUCUAUAUCAAAUAGUAAUGAAAACGAUUUAAAACAUAAGAAAGAUAGUAGUAAUAAAAUUAAUGUAAAAAAUAAUUCUUUGGAAGAAAAUAAAAAUACUGUAACCCCUCCAAAUCAGUAUGAUAAUAGAAUGACAAAUAAAAAUGAGGAGCGCAAUCCUUCAGCUUCCAUUAUAGCAAAAAGCAAUUUAAAUAAUUCCAAUAAAUUAGAAGCCUCCCACAAAAAAAUAUAUUCAUAUGACAUGAUUGAUUUGAAUGAAAUUCCAGAAAUCAGGGGUAUCACAUUAGAAAACAAUGAAAACAAGAAGGAUAUGGAGAUGUGGGAUGAUAUUAAGAAUCAGAAAAAGGCCGUAUUUUUGAAUAAGUCCAAGUUAAGCAUUUUCCAAACAAUUAAGAAGUUUGAGACAAAUUUAGAUUCUAAUGUAGUGGAUGUUAGCAAAACUGAAGCUUUGGUUUCAUGUAUAUACAACAACCAUAAAAUUUUAAUAAAAGUAAAAAUCGAAGACAAUAAAUUAAUUUUUUUAAUAAAAUCUCAUGAGAAAAAUAUAAUUGAUCAUGUUGUCGAUAUCCUGCGAAAUUUGUUUCAUUUAUAA